UUCUUCUUCUUUUUCCCCAGACGUCAAUUUGUCAACUAAAAAGCCUUCGGCUGCUCAAAAAGAUUGUUUUUAUGGCCAAAAAAUUGGAAAUUAUCGCAAAAUAAACACAAAAGUGGGUAAUUGGAUUGCCAAUCAAUCCGUAGAGAGUGUAAGAGUACAAUUUUUGUGGCAAAAAAGAGUGCAAACAGCAGUGUAAUGCCACCCCAUCCCCUGGAAGGGGGAGCACCUGUCAAUUUUAUGCCGUCGUCAGGUCAGGAGCCCCGUGGGGGCUCUAUUUCCCUCGCUAUCCUCAUUGAUUUCAUCAUCCAACGAACUUAUCAUGAGUUGACGGUGUUGGCGGAGCUCCUCCCCCGGAAAACGGACAUGGAGCGGAAGAUUGAGAUCUACAACUUCUCCGCCCGUACGCGGCAGCUCUUCAUACGUCUUCUAGCUUUGGUAAAAUGGGCCAAUUCAGCGUCAAAAGUGGACAAAUCUGCACAGAUUAUGAGCUUCUUGGAUAAACAAUCAAUGCUCUUCGUGGAGACGGCCGAUAUGCUGGCACGAAUGGCUCGAGAAACUCUAGUUCAUGCUCGUUUGCCCACGUUCCACAUCCCAGCUGCUGUGGAAAUUCUCACAACAGGCACAUAUGGGCGGCUUCCGGCAUGCAUUCGGGAGAAGAUUGUUCCCCCGGAUCCGAUAACUUUGAGUGAGAAGCGUCAAACGCUGCAGCGACUCAAUCAAGUGAUUCAGCAUCGAUUGGUGACGGGAAGUCUCAUGUCGCAAAUGAGGAAAUUCAAAAUUGACGCCGGGAGGGUGACUUUCCGGAUUGAGCAUGAGUUUGAAGUGUCCUUAACGGUUAUGGGGGAUGGGCAGAAUGUACCAUGGCGUUUGCUGGACAUUGAUAUCCUUGUUGAAGACAAGGAGACUGGCGAUGGGAAGCCCCUUGUGCACGUUCUCCAAGUCAAUUACAUUCAUCAACUCAUUCAGGCACGUCUUGUGGACAAUCAGAAUGCCCUUGCGGAGGUCUACAAUUGCCUCCACUUCUUCUGCCAAUCCCUCCAACUUGAGGUUCUCUACACACAAACACUGCGUCUCAUUCGGGAUAGAUUGCACGAAAUGAUUUAUGUGGAUGAAUACAUUCCGGGAAGUAAGCUCACCGUCUCCUACUGGCGAGAGCUCACCAAUAAAGAUCCUAAAUCAGAGCUGGGAUACAGGCUUACAGUGCAAACGGACCCAAAUGACACGGCAAGACCCCUUUCGGUCUUCCACAUUCCCUCAAUCGGAAAUAAAGAAUCAUCUGAGGUGGCAGAUCGUGCAGUUCGAUCGGAUCUCCUUUCAAUGGAACGUCUUCUCGUCCACACGGUCUACGUACGUUCAUUGGCACGUCUUAAUGAGAUAAAAGUGGAAUUUCAGACUUUCCUCAAAGAUGUGGAUUGUCACCUUCAGGGUACACCUGCAAUCCUUACUGUACCCAUCCUCAGCCCCUGCCUUCGUGCUGAGCAAGUUCACAUCACCGUUGAUACGCACACAGGGAUAUUCCACUGUCACGUUCCGAAGCACCUGGAAUGCCCGAUAAUCCCAGAUCUUCAGGCAGCUCUCAACAAUGACUACACAAAGCUCCCACAUCUUAUAUCCGAGCUGAGGUAUUGGAUCACCCAGAGACGCUGUGAGAAGACUCUUCAGCAUCUUCCAGCAACACCACAUGAAUUUCUCCCCCUAAUACACGAUGCUGAGCACCCAAUUACGAAAAUUGGGCGUCACAAGGUAUUUGUUAAGCUCCAUCGGCACCCAAAUGUAAUCCUCGUGCUGGAGAUGCGAGAGAAAGCUUCAAUAGUCAGUGAGAUGGAGUACAACUUCUUCCUUGUCUAUGUUAAGCCAACAAGAACGGAGAAUGUUGAUGCAGCUGAUGAAAACAAUGAGCCUGAUGUGCCAAAAAUGUUUCUCAAAGUUCUCAAUUUCAUUGAAUUUGACACCUUUGUUACCACCCACAGUCCGGGUACGUAUCUCGAUGAAUCCGUGGGGAAUAAGAGGAAGAGUUCGCAGCAAGAUGGAGGUCCAGCAGCUAAGCAACAGAAGACAAUUUAUCCAGCAUACUUUAUACCUGAACUUGCUCAUGUUGUAGCCAUGUGCGAUGAGAAGCUUCCAUUUGUAACGUUUGCACAAGAACUUUCAAAACGCAAAAUUCCACACGGAGGACUACAAGUUGAGGCAAAUGCAACGUCUUUGGUACUCAAAUUACUAACUCUGCCGAAACCAAUUCCACCGCAAGUGGACAAUAAGACAAUUUCCACGCCAAUUGUCGACAAUACGGUGUGGAAUGCUUUGCUAAAGCGUCUCCUUUCGGUGGCUGUGAGAGCUCAAGUUAAUCGUCACACCACACGUCUGUGGACAGUUGAAUUGGUCUUCUACUCCACCCCACUUCUGAGUACGCAUCACAAAGAACAAGGGCUGCGAAGGGCUGUUUAUUUGCAAUAUGAUCUCAUGCCGACAGAUAAAUUUGGUAAAACCAUCGAUAGUCUUCUCAAUGAUUGGUCAAAGAUUGUCUAUCUCUAUGCACUUGUGCAUAAUUUUGCAGAAGAAUACAAGAAUGAUAAAUACAAUCUGCAAAACAUUGUAAUGAUCAAAUCAUACACAUAUGCAAGCCUUUUGCUUGGCUAUGGACCCAAUAAGGAGGUCCUCGUGAACAUCUUCUGGUGCACAGAGUCAAAGCAGUUCAAAAUGAUUUUCUCCGGUGGUCAUUCAGCCAUAAAUUCACACUCAAUUAUGCGAGAACAGCUGCAAUCGCAUCUCAAUCGCAACUACAGUCUCACGCAGAUUGUUCACAUUCUCCAUGAGACGUAUCAACCACUAACGUCCAUUGCAAAAUUGCCAACAAUCCCGCAACUUGGCAUUGUGGUAAAUUUACCACGUCCCCAGAAUCCCGUUUUGACUUUCUGUAUCUUCCCACAAUCAUCAACCCUCCUGCGCGUGGAAUACCAAAGCUUGUAUUGCUUGGAGAUUCGUCUGAGGGGUGGAGGACUAAUAUCAAUUCGCGAUGGCGCCUAUAGUCGCUUCGAUCGGUGCAAUGUGCUCCAGGAAUUAAUUCCCACGCAGGGGCUCAAAGCUUUCCUGUCAAAGUACGUGGAUGAAUCAACAGUGUAUCGUCGUCGAUCACAAUCAGAAGAUGACAAUCCACCAUCCCCGAUUGCCAUGGAAGAGAUGCAGGGUGGACCAACAUCCGUUGGGGGAUCAUCUCCAUUCCUCGGACUCCGGGGGCCACAAAGUCCACGAGAUGCUGGAUUGCGCUUUGCCCCACCAAUUACUCCACCAUCGAGUUCAAAUCCCCACACUCCCGCGAGCCCUCACACAAUGGCUUCAGCACAGGGACAUCCUAACUUUAGCAUGACAUCCCCACCGGCUCCGCAUAUGCCACAUCCAUCUCCCAGUGGUAUAAUGCCAUCGUCUCCACUUAAUACGCAACCGAGCCCCAUGGCACACUCACCAGGGCCCAAUAGCUUGUCGUACAUGCAACAGGGUCAUACAACAGAUGGUAGCCCAUUCCCGAAUCUUUCACCGGGAGCGUCAAAUUGGCCGGGAUCCCCCAGUAUGCCACGUCCAUCCCCGCGUUCGGGUCAAAGUCCCGAUCAUAAGCAACAGCAACCAACAACGCCACAUCUAUCACGCGUUCUACCUGCUAGAUCGUGGGCUGGUGCUGUCCCCACGCUUCUCAGUCAUGAAGCUUUUGAUACCCUCUGUCGGCCAUGUCCGCAUCCGCAGAAGGAUAUCCCAGGGCCUGAUUUGAGUCCCCUUGAGAGAUUCCUCGGUUGUGUCUACAUGAAGCGUCAUUUGCAAAGGUUUAUUCAGAAUGAGAUGACCCAGCUCCCAUCGAAUGAACCAGGUGUGGUAUUCUUCAAAGUAGACGGGUUGCAGUGUCAAGUUUUUCUCAAUCAUACCCACAUGCAAUCGCUCCAUAUGAAAGUGAGUCAACUGCAAAAUGUCGGUGUACCAGAUGUGCAUCAAUGGAGUCAGGAGGAUCUACAGAUAAUUGAGCAAUUCUUCGAAUUACGCGUCGCAGCUCCGCCGUACCGGCCAAACUCGAUGUGUGCCUUUAUAAGGAUGAUCAACGUGAAUAUACCGCGUGUACUGAAGGACUUCAUUCAGAUUAUGCGACUUGAACUUAUGCCGGAACUCAUUCAAGGUCUCAAAUGGAAUGUACAGUUUUGCCUACGCGUUCCGCCGUCAGCAAUGCCAAUUGUCCCCACUGGAAUGCCAGCAGUUUUGCCAUUUAGAGGCAAAAUUCUUUUCUUUCUGCAAAUUACACGAAUCCCAUACAUGCAGGGAAUGGAUUGGAAAGAUUGCCUUUCAUUGGUCUUACCGAUGGUGUACGAUACGGGGACGAAUACAACUCAGUUGGCAGAGAGGCGGGAACAGGUGCAAUCGGUAGCAAUGAGUGCUGUUAGUCAUCAAUUGAAGAGAUUUGCAGAGUAUGCUGCACUACAACCCAAUGAAUGCUCCCUUUUCCCAGCUGUCCGUGAUCUUUUGGCUAAUUUAAUUCUCCCAACGGAGCCCCAAUUACCGCCACAGAUACAAAAUCAAAUUGUCCCUUCACCCGUUGGUCCAGUAGGGACGAGUCCCAGUCAAAUGAUGCACUCACCCAUGCAAUCAAUGUCACAGGGAGGCCCAACAACCGGAACGUACAGUAUGGUACCACCGGGAGGUCCUAACUAAAAAAAAAACAUUAAUUUGUAUAAGAAUUUAUUUACUAUUUAUUCUCUAAGUCUUAUCACCACCAGACCAUUUCUUAAAAUACAAAUACAUAAUUAAGGGUUAACCUUUGACCUUUCUAUACUCUUUCGCCCAUCAAAAAAAAAUUCGCUCAAAUACAAAAGAAAUGAAAUUUUUAGUUUUAUCGAAAAUAAAGUAUCUUAAUCUUGAA